GAAGAUAGCGCGCUCUGAUUGGGUAACAUAUUUCAACGUAACACUGGAGCAGGAAGUUUAUCUAACGUUUCUGUGUGCUGCUGUUCGCCUUAAUUUUCAUUCAUUUGCGAAGCAUUACAUUUGACUGUUUUGUGAAAUUUAACAAUUAUCAUAGUUUAGGGACGCCGUUUUUAAUAACAUCUCCCAAAAAGGCUAAAGACAAAACACUCGUGUGUUUACGUCGGUGCUGCUAGCUAGCUAACCAGGAGCUGCAUUAAGGGAAGGUUCGACCCGCGGUUUGGAUGAAAAGUUCAGUCAACAACAGCAUGAAAAAGGAAAACCGGUGGAACAUUCCCCCCAACGCUCCUGCCUGUAUGGAGAAACACCUGUGUGCUGUUCAGUACCGAGCAGACGGCACCCUGCUGCUUGGGGCCUCCAGCCUCUCUGGCAGGAACUGGCAGGGAUCUGUGUGGAUCUUCAGCGAUCCCGAGCAGGCUCCCAGCGAGGGAUUCUGCAAAGCUGGGGUGCAGACCGAGGCUGGGGUCACAGAUGUUAAAUGGGCGAAUGAGAAAGGAGUUCUUGUUGCAUCAGAUUUAGGUGCUUUGGAGUUUUGGGAACUGGCAGAGGACGAGCACCUGCUGGUGAACCGCUUCACAAAAUAUGAACACGACCAUGUAGUCACCACUGUGAGCCCUGUUACUGGAGCGAGCAGUGCUGUCACUGGCAGUAUGGACUGCAGAAUUAAAGUCUGGGAUCUCGGUCAGGAAACCGUUGUCACCACCUACAGUGUGCACACACAGCCUGUCAACUGUGUUUCCUGCAGUCCUACAGACGAAUCUCUCUUCAUCUCAUGUGGACAAGAUGGCCGUGUGUUGAUGUGGGACAGGAGGAAGCCAAACAAACCUGCCACGAAGAUAGAUGUUGGGUCGUCUGGUUGUCCGGCUACCACUGCUGCGUGGCACCCCCACCUCAGAAGCACCGUUGCCUUUGGCGAUGAGCUGGGAAAAGUGACUGUGAAGGAUUUCUUAGGAACCGAUCCGGCCCGGGAGAAGAUGGUCCACAGCCGUAGGGUUAACAGCCUGGCCUUUUCCACAGACAAUGCCUCCCUGCUGGCCUCCGUUAGCGAUGACUGUUCGCUCGCUGUCAUGAAGCCUGAGCUGGAGGAAGUACUGAGAGACCGACGGCACCGGGACUUUGUCGGAGGUGUUUGUUGGCGUCCCGCUGGCUCCACUGCUCUCACUACUGUGGGCUGGGAUCAUCUGGUGCUCCAUCACUCUGUUGAUGCUGCUUCCUCAUCUUAGACACAACCUGGUGUUCGUGAAUAUCCAGAUUAGCUUCUCAUUCAGGAAGAAAGGACUGAAACAUCUGACUCGUUCAACACAUCAGAUGAAAGUACACAGGCUUGCACGUUAUUUUACAUUAAAGGAAAUUCAGAAAA